GCUGCUGCGAACAAGAAGCGCGCGCCCUCGCUGGACACAGAGGCCGGCAUUCCCUUCACUUGCCUCAAACGCAUCGUCGCCAUCAUCAUAUGAGAGCCGCCCGGCUCUGUGUUUCGUGCCCGUUCCUUUCCCUUCGGUUUCCUUGCGAGCCACUUUCCCAGCCGCAUGACUGCGUUGCUCUGCUGCCUGCAACCUUGAUUGCCACCCCGCCGGCCGCCCAUCUGACCUCACUGUGCUCUCUCUUUCUCCCUCCCUCUUUCUCCAGCGCCGCGCGUGUGUGUGAGUGUGUGUGUGCCCUGUGUCACUGUCCUGCUCGAUACGUACCGCCAGCCUUUGUUCCACGUCCCUCCUCCACUUUCGCUGGUCCUCUUUUUUUAACCCACCUGCCCCCCUCCUCCCUCCCUCCCUCCCGCUACUUUCGUGCGACCGUACCGCACUACCGCUCUAGGCCUUCUCGACUCUGGGAUCACGCCAAUCUGCCGUUGGCGAGCAGACCGCCGCGUUUGUCCGCCGCAUCCAUACCAGAACCCAGAUCCACAUCUGCCCAACAACCAGGGCGUCUGCCUACAUAUAAAUCCGCCUGGCCGCGCACUUUCCACUUUUACUCAAUCUGCUUCGCCACAGCGCGGGAAUCGCUCCAGUCACGCUAUACGAGCGUGAUCAGUCAUCCCGUUCUGACCACUUCUGCUUUGUUCUCCCGUCUUCCCGCUUUCAUCAGCAUCUUCGCUAGUUGCAGCCUAACGUCCGACCGCCUAAGUCCGACGUAUACGAUUUAACUGGGCAUUGGGGCCUCCAAUUGUCCGCUCUUAUAUGUCCCAAAACACGCCGCUGCUACAACAUCAACAACAAUUCAAUUUUAUGGAAACCCCGCAGAAGCAAAAGGAGAAAGCAAUGGACAUUGGCUCGCUGCUCUCCCCACCAGAGGCCACCAGAACGGUCGACUUGUUCUCCUCCCCCGUCAGCGUCUCAAUGUCAAGGACACCGUCGCAAUCGACUGCAAUGGCCUCGUCGCAGUCGCAAGGUUCGACCUAUGCACCCAUGGCGAAGAAAGACCCGCGGGCCUUGCCUUCGCCACCCAUCUCACCACACAUCUACAAGGACGACAUGGUGAGGGCGGACGAGGGCACCACAGAUCCUCCAUUGUUCCCGCCAAGAGAGGAUAUCGAGAAUGUGAACAAGGGCCCUUUGUUCCCACAGGACGACGAGCAAGCCGCCAUCGACGAGCAUAUCGCCACCCACGGUCGCCUGUGCUCCCAGGACGAAUACAGACUGGUGCUGGACACCCUCUCGAACAUGAAGUUCAACACAUCGGUGGGCGCCGGAUUCAACAGAAACCGGGCGAAAUGGUGGGCUACCUCGCUGCAGACCUUUGCCUUCUACGAUGAGAUCAAGGCCAAGGCACGAAGGGAGGCAGCCACGGCCGACGCCAAGAAGCCACCAACCAGCACGCUUCCGCACAGGCGAUUGGCUCCCGCGCCCGAAGGAGGACUCAGAAAGAAGGUGACGGUGCCACGCGUACAGCGGGUGCCUAAGCCCAAGCGUUCGCCACCGCAGCAGGUCUUCAACGACUUUGCCAUGACGGCCAAGGAAACGUUGCCCAAGGCACCGAAGGCGCCUUCCAACAGAGAUGACGUCGACUUCAACAGCAUUCAGGACUUUUGCCCUCCGACCGACAACCUUGGCCAUAACGCCAAGGCGUUGAAGGCGGAUUGGAAAGGAGCGAUGCUCGACCUGUCGCACGACCCAGACCGGCACCUUCUCCACGAGGCCGAGGUCAACCUCGCCGCCACUCUUAGACUGUCCUGCGCCACCUACCUGACAAGCAAGCGGCGCAUCUUUGUCGCAAGGGUGCAGUGUAUGCAGAAAGGCAAGGAGUUCAGGAAGACAGACGCUCAGCAGGCCUGCAAGAUUGACGUCAACAAAGCCAGCAAGCUCUGGACCGCCUUCGAGAAGGUUGGUUGGUUUGACGACAAGUACUUCAUUGGCAAGCGUGCUUGAGUGGCUGGCUCCUCACCACGAGAUCGACCUUCGCCCGUGACAAGAACACACCCUAACACUACAUUUUUACGGCGUUUUGGAUUCUAUCGCCCCGUUCACCCCCAUCGCACACGCGCGCGCACUCACAGACACCAGAAACUGCACUGCUGAAUGCUGCCCUUUUUACGACACGUUCCUUGACGAUACCCCGCCACAUCACGAUAACGACCAAACCAUUUUCUCUCUCUCAUUUUCUCUCUUUUCCCCCCCGGCACACACGAACACGCAAUCACACGAACACCACAACACACGUACGGUCUAGUAUAUGAUUUUUCAUUUGGUCUUGGUUGGAGUUUUUAAUCCGGGUUUGUCCAAACACAGACAUUGCCCCGCUCAUCAGAAUGAAUGCUAGCGGAAGGCACCGCCCAAGAGGGCAUCUGUGAGCAAUUUUUGUCUCGUGUUCAUGGGAGGCAUGGGAUUGUACGCUGCUUUGAUACCCCCAAUCGAUACGCAUCAAUAUCAUAUCAUAUCAUACCAUCAUGACCUGCAUCACGAUACCCCAACCCCCGUCCCCCUUCCCCAAUCACAUUACACACAUUGGAACCCACAUUUAGCAAUUGAUUGGAUCACAUGCACUUGUUAUUCACAAGCACCCCUUCCCACCCCCUCCCGCACGCAACCCAUCGCAAUGCUGAGUAGACACGAGCAAUUGGAAGGGCGAGCUGAGAUAGCAAGGCACACGUACAAUGUGUGAGAAAUAGAAUAGGCAAUAUCACAGCCGGGCAGCGACAGUUAGCAGCCUAACCAGC